UUACCCCCCUUCCACAAACGUUGCUGUUUGCUAGCUUCGAGAAGCUGUACAAUAGAAGAAACGAUUAUGUUAUAAACAUUUUACAGAGGCACUCGCACUGCAUAUUUGUUUCUGUGUAACAACGGUGAUUUUAUUUGAUGAGCAAUGUCUAACACUGUUUCUUUUAGUACACAAAUAGGUGCAAUCAUGGAUGUGUUAGCAAAGGCAGCUGUUGCAGAAAUAACCAAAUUUGUAGACGAGGGUACUGUCGUGCUACGGCUGGAAAUGUGUCGGAAAGAAAACGAGAUAGAAGGCCUUAAAAAUAGUUUACAGCUGAUGGAAAGAGAACUGAGGAAAGCUCAAAGGGAAGCAGCAGCACGAGGAACAAAUGACAGGCAACAUGCUGAGGGAAUUCAGCUUGGGAGUGGGACCUCACAAAAAGGUAAUGAAGAGGACCAGAAAUCCCAAGCCACGCCUGUAGAGGACCCGGAGAAGUUCAAUGAGCUGCAGAGCUCAGGACACCUUGUGGAGGCGAGGGGUGGACUGGAGUUGUUGGUGAAAGCAGAGCAGGUGGAAAAACAUGUAGCCCAGGGAACUGUACAAGACCCAGGAAUCACAGGCAGUUUGGACUUUAGAAUGGAUGAGAGAGAUAGUCAGCUGUGGUUCUCUGUUACACAAGGACUAAGUGGGAAUGAUUCCACUCACCCAGAUGGGUCUUACACUACAGAGAGAUGCUUACAGAUGUUUUCCUCUCAGGCAGAUCUAUAUCCCGCUCCUAUCCCAUCCCAUCCUGCUUCCUGCAACUCUUUGUCUUCGGCAGAGAAACCACUUAAUGACAUUUUCAGCACUGUCCCAGUGAAAGUGGAGCCCGAGUGGCAUCCUCUUUAUCAUGGCGAUGCCAUGUCUGAGUCCUUUCAAGCUGACCAGGGGCAGUACAGAGAUACUCUGCACCCUGUUGUGAUGGAGGGCUUGAUUUUACAGCCUAGACUGCAGCAGCCAGGACCUUCUUCACAAGGGCUCAUGAGAGCAACUGGGAACACAUCUGAGUCAAACUCACACAGCAAUGAGCAUAUUCUUAAUAAGAACAGAUUGAAAACAAAAAGAAUGGUCAAUGUUUGGAGAGCUGUACCAAACCAAAAAGUGUUUAUAUGCUCAUUGUGUGGAAAGAGCUUCCACCGCCAUUGUCAACUUGAAGCACACCAGCACUCUCAUGCUGGAGUCAAACCAUACAGAUGUCUUGAGUGUGGGAAAAGUUUUACGCAGAAAACCAGACUUAAGUCCCAUCAGAGUGUUCACACGGGUGAGAGACCUUUCAGUUGCAGACUCUGUGGCAAGAUGUUUGCAAGGCAGGACAACUGCCAAAGACAUGAGCGAUUUCACAGUGGACAAAAGCCAUUUAGUUGUGUGCAGUGUGGUAAAAGUUUCACGGUUCUUGGUAACCUCAAAAUACAUCAAAAACAUCAAUGUAAAUUUGCCAAUGUCAGAAUGUAAGAUUGCAUGUUGUUCAGUGUUUUCCUCAGUGUUGUACAGUUAACCCUAACUGUGUCUUCUUGAAAAACAUGUUUAACAAUUAUUUCAGCUUUAAAACCCUACUACUUACAACUCAAAUAAGAACUUCCAAUUGUUUUGUUUUUUUCAUCUUGAUGUUUAUUUAGGAAAUUACUGAGCUCAAAAAAGGGAAUGCCAUAUUAGAUUGCAAUUUGCCUAGCAUUUUUACUAAUCUCAACAAUAUGACAUAAAUGACUUGAUAUGCUUCAAGGGCUUUAUAGGAAGGUAAGCAUUGUUAAAUGAGGAUGUCAAAUUUGAACAAAUAUUUGUCAUUUUGUGUGUCAUACCAUGAAUAUUAAAUGACAUUGAAAUGAA